AAGCCGCUAACAUGCACCCUCCUGCGUAUGAUCUUCUUCUCGACACUUUCUCUCUCUAUAUCUACAUCCUUCUUCUUUAUCUUACGUGGCCCACUGCCUCUCUCCUCUUUGGGCUAACUAGGGUUCCCCUUUUUAUUUUUAUCAUAUCUCUCUCGCUAGCUCUCUCUCCAUCUCUCCCUCAAAAUACACACAAUCCCCCAUCUCCCAAUGCUAUUUCACACGGUACUAGGUGCUCUCUCCACAAAUUAACAUGGACGCGAAACGACAGUCUAGGAACUCGAUUGCUUACUCCAAUUUGUUCAAUCUUGAGCCUUUGAUGAACUUUCAAAUGCCAAGACAAGAUGAUGACUUUGAUUAUUAUGGAAAUAGUAGUGAUGAUGAUAGCCGAGGUGGAGCUAUGACAGAACGCACAAAUGGAAAAGCGUCUGCAAAUAAAAAGAGGCGAAGUGCCUAUAGUAGUGAUGAGGAUGGAAAUUAUGGUACAUACAUCUCAGAGGAGCAGUAUAGAACAAUGCUUGGAGAACAUGUUCAGAGAUACAAGAGGCGGAGAAAUAAUUCCUCUCCAAAUCCAGGGCCAACUCGCACUGUGAUGCCUGUUUUAAAAGGUAGCUUAGGACCAAAGGAAAGGAAGUCGGGAAAUGAGUCCCGAGUAGGAUCGCGCAAGAUGGAAUCCAAUUCUGAGUAUUUAGCCGAUAUGAUCAAUCAAAAGCCUGGGAAGUAUAAUGAAAGAGAGUUUGCAUCAGAGUAUAAAAUUAAUAGAACUGUCUACGAACCAGCAUAUUUGGAUAUUGGUGAAAGCAUUGCUUACAGGAUACCUCAAACUUAUGAAAAGCUUGCGGCUUCUCUAAAGUUACCAACCACAUCAGAGAUUCGGGUGGAUGAGUUUUACCUCAAAGGCACUCUUGAUCUAGGGUCGUUGGCUGCAAUGAUGGCUGCUGACAAAAGGGCAGGACAAAGAAGUCGAGCUGGGAUUGGAGAGUCAAAACCCCAGUAUGAAUCUCUCCAGGCAAGAUUGAAAUCCCAGGCAGCUAACAAUUCAAUUCCCAAAUUUAGUCUGAAAGUGAAGGAUGUUUCAUUGGAUGCAUCUUCUAUUCCCGAGGGAGCAGCUGGAGGGAUAAGACGAUCUAUCAUGUCUGAGGGUGGUCACUUGCAGGUUUACUAUGUAAAAGUGUUAGAGAAAGGAGACACUUAUGAGAUCAUUGAACGUAGUCUCCCACAGAAAGAAAAGGUGAAAAAGGAUGCCUCUAUGAUCGAGAAGGAGGAAGCAGAAAAGAUUGGUAAAUAUUGGGUAAACAUUGUACGAAAAGACAUUCCAAAACAUCAUAGGAUUUUCACUAAUUUCCACCGGAAGCAGCUAACGGAUGCCAAAAGGUUUUCUGAAAUAUGUCAGAGAGAGGUAAAAAUGAAGGUGAGCAGAUCACUUAAAUUGAUGAGGGGUGCUGCAAUUCGUACAAGGAAACUGGCUAGGGACAUGCUGAUAUUUUGGAAGAGAGUGGACAAGGAAAUGGCCGAAGUUAGGAGGAGGGAGGAAAAAGAAGCUGCAGAAGCCCUGAAGAGGGAACAAGAGCUUCGUGAAGCUAAAAGACAACAGCAGCGGCUCAAUUUUUUGCUAUCGCAAACGGAAUUAUACAGCCACUUCAUGCAGAACAAGGCCACUUCACAAGCCUCCGAGAUUCCAAAUGACCAGGAAGCUCUAAUGAAUUCUUCAGAAGCUGCGCCUGUAGCUGUAGAGGAAGAAGAUCCAAUAGAAGCUGAGUUAAAACUGGAGGCUCUAAAAGCUGCUCAGGAUGCAGUUUCUAAACAGAAAAAGAUAACAAGUGCAUUUGAUGAUGAUUGUUUGAAGCUUCGGCAAGCUGCACCUGAAGAAGCUCCAAUUGCAGGGUCUAGUAACAUAGAUUUAUUACAUCCCUCAACUAUGCCCGUAGCAUCCUCAGUGCAAACGCCUGAACUGUUUAAAGGCUCUCUGAAAGGCUAUCAGCUAAAAGGUCUCCAGUGGCUGGUCAAUUGUUAUGAGCAGGGUUUAAAUGGAAUCUUGGCUGACGAGAUGGGACUGGGAAAGACAAUCCAAGCUAUGGCAUUUUUGGCUCAUUUGGCAGAAGAGAAGAAUAUUUGGGGCCCUUUCCUUGUUGUUGCACCUGCUUCAGUCUUAAACAACUGGGCUGAUGAAAUCAGUCGGUUUUGCCCUGACCUCAAAACUCUCCCAUAUUGGGGCGGGCCUCAAGAACGAGCUAUAAUUAGAAAGAACAUAAAUCCAAAGCGUCUAUAUCGCAAAGAUGCUGGGUUUCAUAUUCUCAUUACUAAUUAUCAGAUGCUAGUGUCUGAUGAGAAACACUUGCGUAGUAUUAAAUGGCAAUAUAUGGUAUUGGAUGAAGCCCAAGCAAUCAAAAGUUCCCAAAGUAUAAGAUGGAAGACACUACUCAGCUUUAAAUGUCGAAAUAGGUUGCUCUUGACUGGCACACCCAUUCAGAAUAACAUGGCUGAGCUAUGGGCCCUCUUGCAUUUUAUUAUGCCAACUCUUUUCGACAGCCAUGAACAAUUUAAUGAGUGGUUUUCGAAAGGAAUCGAGAAUCAUGCGGAACAUGGUGGAACUUUGAAUGAGCACCAGCUUAACAGAUUGCAUGCAAUUCUUAAGCCAUUCAUGCUCCGGCGGAUCAAGAAGGAUGUUAUGACUGAGUUGACUGGGAAAACUGAAAUCACGGUGCAUUGCAAGUUGAGUUCUCGACAACAAGCUUUUUAUCAAGCAAUAAAGAACAACAUUUCUCUUGCUGAGUUGUUUGACAGCAACCAUGGACGUCUGAAUGAGAAAAGAAUUUUGAACCUUAUGAAUAUUGUAAUCCAGUUGAGGAAGGUAUGUAACCAUCCCGAGUUAUUUGAGAGAAAUGAGGGAAAUACGUACCUCUAUUUUGGAGACAUUCCAAAUUCACUGGUACCAGCUCCCUUUGGAGAGUUGGAAGAUGUUUACUACUCUGGUAGCCGAAGUCCUAUCACAUACAAGAUACCAAAGAUGGUAUACCGCGAAUUUAUCCGUUCUUCAGGUGCCUUUUCAUCAGCAGCAAGGCAUGUUGAAAGCAGAGAAUUUAUUGAGAAGCAUUUUAAUAUCUUUUCCCCUGUAAACGUUUUCCGAUCCAUGUUUGCACAAGGGAACAAUUUAAAUGCGGCCUUUGCUGGAAGUGGGACUUUUGGUUUUGCUCAUUUGAUUGAUCUAUCAGCAACAGAGAUUGCGUUUCUGGCAACUGGGUCCUUUAUGGAGAGAGUACUGUUUACAAUUAUGAACUGGGAUCGUAAAUAUCUUGACGGUAUGUUAGAUAUGUUUAUGGAAGCUGAAAGUGAUGAUUCCAUUUGCAGUCAGAUCGGGGGCGAUAAAGUAAGGGCAGUCACACGAAUGUUGCUUCUCCCCUCAAAGGCAGAGACAACAUUACUUAGUAGGAGGCUUGCUACUGGUCCCUGGGAUGUGCCAAAUGAAGCUUUAGUAUUGUCUCAUCAGGAUAGGCUUUUAUCGAAUAUCAGACUGCUUCAUUCAGCAUAUUCUUUCAUUCCCACAACCAGAGCACCACCAAUAAGUGCUCACUGCUCAGACAGAAAUUUUGCUUAUAAAAUGCUUGAAGAAUUACAUAACCCAUGGCUUAAGAGGUUAUUAGUUGGAUUUGCUCGCACAUCUGACUAUAAUGGUCCUAGGAAGCCGACUGCUCACCAUUUGAUACAAGAAAUCGACUCUCAGCUACCUGUUACACAACCUGCUCUUCAACUGACAUACAAUAUUUUUGGGUCAUGUCCACCAAUGCAAAGUUUUGAUCCUGCAAAGAUGCUUACUGACUCGGGGAAGCUCCAAACUUUGGACAUACUAUUAAAACGUUUGCGAGCUGGAAAUCAUCGAGUCCUUCUGUUUGCGCAGAUGACAAAAAUGUUAAAUAUUCUGGAGGACUAUAUGAAUUACAGGAAAUACAGAUAUCUAAGGCUUGAUGGUUCAUCCACAAUAAUGGAUCGCCGGGACAUGGUUAGGGAUUUCCAGCUUCGGAGCGAUAUUUUUGUUUUCUUGUUGAGCACAAGAGCCGGAGGACUUGGUAUCAACUUGACAGCUGCUGACACUGUAAUUUUCUAUGAAAGUGACUGGAAUCCAACACUGGAUUUACAAGCAAUGGAUAGAGCUCAUCGCUUGGGUCAGACUAAGGAUGUUACCGUUUAUCGUUUGAUUUGUAAAGAAACAGUCGAAGAGAAAAUUCUGCAGAGAGCUAGUCAGAAAAGCACUGUGCAACAGCUCGUUAUGACAGGUGGACAUGUACAAGGUGACCUUUUGGCUCCUGAGGACGUUCUUUCUUUGCUAAUUGAUGAUGCUCAGUUAGAGCGGAAGAUCAGAGAAAUUCCGUUACAGGCUAGGGACAGGCAAAAGAAGAAAUCUGGAACAAGGGGUAUAAGAAUUGACGCUGAGGGUGAUGCAUCUCUUGAAGAUCUUACAAACUCUGAAUCUCAGGUCAAUGGAUCUCAACCCUCUCAGGAUCCUGAGAAAGAAAAGUCUACAAAGAGGAAAUCAACAUCUGACAAGCCAGUGCCUCCAAAACCCAAGUCUAAAAAGGGUGGUUCGAGAAACAGCGACACAUCAUCCCCGGCUUUAAUACCUCUAGAGAAUGAAGGUGAUGAUCCCUUACAAAAUUCGGAUUCACAGCACAGAUCUAAGAGGCCAAAGAGGCCUACGAAGAGUGUUAAUGAGAAUUUAGAACCAGCAUUUGUUGCUUCUCCAUCUUUGGCAGACUGAGUGUACAGAGAAGCAUUCUACACCUGAAGUGAGUGCUGCUCGUUUCUAAAUUACAGUCGAUGAAGAUUCCAGAGAGCAAGUUUAAGUUUUCAAGGCUCGACUUGUCUGCUCAGUGAUAUCGUAGGCAGAGAAUCUACCAUUCUUUAAUCAGUGCCUGUUCCCUGAAGGAUUGUUUUUGGUGACUAUGUAUUAUUAGAGAAAGUUGCAGGACUUAGCGCCGUUCUUAGGUACAACUCCAGUUGCUGGACGGGAACAUCAUGGGAGGAUGUAAAAUUAGCGUUGUAUAGAUUUUUUAAAAGAGGCUUCCAGAUGACUGGGAUGCUGUAUUACGUAAAUUCAGUUCUAUGUAUAUAUGUUUAAUUUGUUUACUCACCUGCUGGUGGAUGACAAAAAUAGAGUUUAAAGAGAGCAUUUUAAUAUUGCAAUUCAAUGUUUUUAUUCGCA